CAAAAAAGAGAGGAACUUGGGUUCUCUUCUCGCCUGUGGUUCGUUUGCCUUGAAUAUUUUAUGGGUCGUGCAGUGUUCAGCGGGGCUCGAUAUUUCGCUUUGCAGAGUGUUACUGUUUCCGCCCGGACUUGUUGCCCCUCCAUCCCGACUUUUCUGCGAUCCAGUUAUCGACUUUUUCUCUCCGCGCGCCCCUCCCCCUCCUUUUCUUCUUUCGCAUCCUCUCGACGAGCUUUCGGUACCUCCAAAACUACGCUCGCCAUGGCUUCGAAUGACCUUCCCAUCUCCGUAGAGGGGUUGUCCCUCCAGUCGACCUCCGAGACUUCCAAGUUCGCCAACUGCUUUCCGUCGUUGAACCCGGUUGAUAUCUAUCGCGAACAUAUUGCGGAGAAGCUGAGCGAGGGCACUGGUAUCGAGGCGGAAAAGAUCUACUCUCGGUUGAUGUGGACGAGUACCCUGGACAAGGGUGAUUUGGUUCUGCCGAUUCCAUCCCUCGGAAUCAAGAAGAACCCCCAGGAGCUCGGCAAGGAACUCGCCGAAAAGUUCCCCGAGUCCGACCUCGUUCUGCCUCCUAGCGUUGCCGGUGUUCACCUCCAGUUCUUCUUCCGGCCCCAGCCGUUGAUGCACACCGUCCUCCGCCGCAUCCUCAAGGACCGCACCACCUAUGGUACCAACGGAAACCAGGGUCUGCGGGAUCCCGCGGACCCCUCGAAGGGCCGCAAGAAGAUCAUCGUCGAGUUCUCGUCACCCAACAUCGCCAAGCCGUUCCACGCUGGUCACUUGCGGAGUACCAUUAUCGGUGGUUUCCUGGCCAACCUGCACACCGUUAUGGGCUGGGAUGUGGUUAAGAUGAACUACCUCGGUGACUGGGGUAAGCAGUAUGGUCUGCUCGCCAACGGCUUCAAGUACUUUGGUGAUGAGGAGAAGCUCACUAAGGACCCUAUCAACCACUUGUUCGAUGUGUAUGUCAAGGUCAACAACAUUGUAUCUGAGCAGGAUGGCCCGAUCAAGGAGCUCAAGGAGCAGAUCAAGGCCAAGAAGGAGAAGAGCGAGGACGUUUCUGCCCAGGAGGCUGAGCUGCAGAAGCUCGUCGACGCCAGUGAGGACGAGAAGGCUCGUCGGUACUUCAAGAGCAUGGAGGAUGGCGAGCCGGAAGCUCUCGCCCUGUGGAAGCGAUUCCGUGAGCUCAGUAUCGAGAAGUACAAGUCGACCUACGCCCGUCUGAAUAUUGACUUCGACGUCUACUCGGGCGAGUCCCAGGUCAAGAACGAGAGCAUGGUCUCCGCCCACAACACCAUGGAGAAGAGCGGCGUCGCCGAGAAGUCGGACGGUGCUGUCAUUGUCGACUUCACCAAGCACGGCGCCAAAAAGCUCGGCAAAGCUAUCAUUGUCCGUAAGGAUGGUACUCCCCUGUAUCUGACCCGUGACAUCGGUGCUAUUGUCGAGCGUGACGAGGAGUUCCACUUCGACAAGAUGAUCUACGUCAUUGCCGCCCAGCAGGACCUGCACACUGCUCAGCUGUUCAAGAUCACUGAGCUUAUGGGCCACAAAGACUUGGCUAGCCGCUGCCAGCACGUCAACUUCGGUAUGGUCCGUGGUAUGAGCACCCGUAAGGGUACCGUCAAAUUCUUGGAUGACAUCCUGGGCGAUGUCCGUGACAAGAUGCACGAGGUUAUGAAGAAGAACCCCGAGAAAUACGAGCAGAUUGAGAACCCCGAGGCUACCGCCGAUAUCCUGGGUAUCACCUCCGUCAUGGUCCAGGACAUGAGCGGAAAGCGCAUCAACGGCUACGACUUCAAUCUCGACGCCAUGACUUCCUUCGAAGGCGACACAGGCCCAUAUCUGCAAUACGCCCACGCCCGCCUCCGCUCCAUCACUCGCAAAGCCGGCCUAGACCCCUCUCAACUCGGUGACUCCAACAUCGACCUCCUCACCGAGCCCCACGCCAUCGACCUUGUCCGUUACCUCGCCCAAUGGCCUGACGUCCUUCUCCAAACUACCCGCACCCUCGAGCCCACCACCAUCCUCACCUACCUGUUCAAGAUGACGCACAUGCUCAGCUCAAGCUACGAUGUGCUCAAGGUCGUAGGUAGUGAGGAGGAUGUGAAGAAGGCCCGGAUGACACUUUAUGAGGCUGCUCGCCAGGUGUUGUAUAAUGGUAUGCGGAUUGUGGGGUUGAGUCCUGUUGAUCGGAUGUAAAUGUGAAACGUGUGAACGUGUCAAUUGAAAAAGCGAAAAGUAUGAUUUCCUUUAAAUACCAAUGUUCUAUAGUGAUUUAGGAUAGAUGAAUGAAUGCGCUACCUCUGUUAUUUAAGUUCAUUCUUGAAUUCAUCUCCGAGUCCUAAGAGUCAACGACUACUCAUUCUGGUAACCUCUAUUCAUAAUAAAAACCAACGACAUCAUGUAUACACAAGAAACAACCUAAACAUCAACCCUACUAACAACAUACGGCAAAACCCUCA